UGCUAGAGAGUUAUACACGUUUCAUCCUUCAUUAUACUCCAAAGCUUUAUACUCUGAUCGUUAUGUGGUAAAACGAUUUAAUAAUUUUCAAAGUUUAAAACAUCAUAGAGGUUGCGUAAAUUCAGUUUUUUGGAACGAGGCUGGCAACUUGAUCAUAUCUGGUUCAGACCCAGAGAAACCUCUUGUUCAUUCAAUUCCAUCUGGUCACAAUGCAAAUAUUUUUUCUGCUCGUUUCAUGGCAAAAUCAAACGAUAGACACAUAAUUUCAUGUUCUGCUGAUGGUGUUAUUAGAUACACCGAUCUUGAGCAUAUUGUAGAAAAUGAUGCUAGUUGGUCUCCUUUACCUGAAUUUAAUUGUCACAGUUAUAUGGCGUUCGAAGUACUGCCAGAUCCAAAUGAUUCAAAUAUAUUUUUCUCAUGUUCCGCUGAUGGUCUAAUCAAUCAAUAUGAUCUACGAAUCAAAAAAUCGUGUCCAUGUAAUCAUUGUAAACAACACAUAUUUCUUGAUCUGAAUCCAACAAAUACGAGUAUAACCACUAUAUCCAUAAGACCUGAUAAUCCGGUAUAUAUGGCAGCUGCAUGUGAAGAUACUGUACGUAUUUAUGAUCGUAGAUAUGUAAUGAAAUCAUCAUAUCAUCGUGAAAGUCAAGUAUAUCAAUUCAUUCCAAAGUUAAUGCGUGAUAGUCCUGCCUCCACUCAAAAUAAAAUGACCAGUUUAAAGUUUGAUCCAUGUGGUGGUGGUGAUUUAUGUGCUAGUUAUAGCAAUAGUAAAAUUUAUUUGAUUAGGCCUAAUGCUGAUCAGAAAAAAAAAUCAUCUCAUAAAAGUUCUGUUAGUACUACAGCACCCAAGCGUAGCUAUAAUAAUAGUAGCAGUAGUGGUGGCAAUAAUAAUAAUGAUGAUGUUUUUUCUAAGAAAAAAGAAAAACAAAAACAAAUUAAUGACGAGGACAUUGAUAGGGGCACUGUUGAUCAUAAUUUGAUGAAUAAUGAUGAUAAUAACCAAAAUCACUCACACUUAUCACCAAUGGUUAGCAUGGAAGGUGUUGCUUGUGGUAGUGGUAGCAGUGAUGGUAAUGUAAAUAAUAUUGAUAGAGGGGGUAAAGCAACAACGAAAUAUGACGAGAAUAAUAAUAAUAAAGUUGAUGGUGUUAAUAGUGUUAAAUUUACUAUUAAGGAAGCUAAUUUUUUUGGUGCAAAUUCUGAAUAUAUCAUGUCUGGUUCAGAUGAUGGUAGAAUAUUUAUAUGGGAUAAAAUCACAGGAGAAGUAGUUAAUUUAUUAAAAGGCGACUCAAGAGUAGUUAAUUGUCUUCAACCACACCCACAUCUCCCAAUAUUAUGCACAUCUGGUAUUGAUAAUGAUGUAAAGAUUUGGUAUCCAGAGGGAGAAGAGAAUGAUCUUUCAGAUUUACAAAAAGUAAUAGAACGUAAUGAACUUGAAGUAAAGAAUAUCAAUGAAGAUAAUGAUCCAAAUCCCAUGUUGCUGUUCUCUGGUGAUUUUAUUCAGAUUAUUGAAGCUAUAAUCGGUCAAUCUGGAAGUCAUUUUACGGAUUGA